GCGCAUUACUCCCUGCGGACCAUGAGGAAAUUACGCCGAGAGAGUCUGUGGCGAUACCGCUGUCACUGGAGUGUAUUCGCGUUCGCCGCGACCGGGCUGGUCAUCUUCAACGGCGUUACUAAUUUGUGGCUACUGCACCCCGCGCGCCCGCCCAGCCCCUUCGCCGUCACUUCGCUACCAACGGAGUCCGUCACCUGUGACCAUUGCACGGACAGUCCCCAGCCAACAGCGAGCGCCUACGAAGACCCAAUUAGCAAUAUCGACCUUCGCUUAGGCAGGUGGGACAGUUCCCGCUCCUACCGUCUCUUUGACUAUGCAGCGACGGGCGAACUUUACCCAGUCAUAUCAGAGAACAGACAAGUCUGCCUCGCGACUCAAAGCACCAUAGAAAGGCUUCACGAGCUCCUAAGUAUCGCUGCUCAUUGGUCCGGCCCAAUGUCCGUGGCGGUAUUCGUAGCGGGAGACGAACUAGCGAUACUUCGGGCUUAUGUUACAUGGUUGUAUUAUUGCCAUCCAGACGUCAUUGCAAGAAUGGCGCUGCACAUUGCUUUCCCAGCAGACAGGCCAGGAAUUCACGAAAGUACAAUACGAAGCGGAGCCACGGAUUGUCUUUCUAAUCCUCUUACCCAUAACAGACGAAGACCUGAUACCGUAGCUUGGAGGUCGAAGCAUCCUUACCCUCAGAAUCAUUUGAGGAAUCUUGCAAGAAAGAACUGUCAAACGCCCUAUAUGUUCCUGGUGGAUAUCGACAUCGUGCCGUCUAAAGGUAUGGCAGAGUCACUGGACCAAUUCCUGUCGACGAUACCGAAGUGUCAGUUGUGUGCUUAUGUGGUGCCUACUUACGAGUUGGACACGAGAGUGACCAAGUUCCCAGCGAACAAAUCAGAGCUGAUUAGACUAUCUAAAAAUAAGUUAGCAGUACCAUUCCAUAGAAAAGUGUUCAUCUACAACCAAUACGCAUCAAAUUUUUCAAAGUGGGAAGAGUCUGGAGGCAAUGAAAGCGAAAAGACUCACGAAAGCCACAACGUAACAAACUUCGAACUGCUCUACGAGCCAUUCUACGUAGCCGCGGACACCGUGCCUGUGCACGACGAGCGGUUCGUCGGGUACGGGUAUACAAGGAAUACGCAAGUGUACGAGAUGUUCCUUGUUGGCUACCAAUUCCGAGUACUGUCACCGAUCUUCACAAUCCACUGGGGCCUACAGUCCCGCAGUCAUCGCCCGCUAUGGCGGGAAAAGCAGAAUGUCCAGAACAGAAAACGGUUCGAAACCUUCAAGAGAGAACUUUAUGCUAGGUAUAGAAAAGACCCUCUUCAUUUGUUACGUAAACCGCCAAAGCCGAAAAAGACAUAGGCCUCACAGGGCCGCGCGAUCCUCGCCGGCCAGCUGCUCGCCGCAGCUCUGUUAGCUGCCCUUUGAUUGGAUGUUGAUAUCACUGGAUAGCCUCUGCAUUAUCUAAUCAAAUACUGGUUGCCUGUACUACUGUAUUCUGAAGUUGAUAAUAAGGUGAAGCAUCUUUUAUGUCACAAUUUUUACAUUACAACCAUUUAUGUCUAAUCUAAGUUAAAUAAUCAAGUGAAUCGCAGCAAUUCAUAUAGCUGUUUUCUGAUCGUUCUGGGUACGGUUCUGGACUAACAAGGUUAAUUAUUAAGUAUUUUGUACCUUUGGUUAAGUAGUUAGCCUUUAUUUUCGGAUGUAAAAUUUGGUAAUUUGGUUAGAUUAACCAGUGUAGAAUAUAGAUAUAAGGGUUAUUCAAAAUCAGAUUUAUUUUUAGAGUGGUUGUAUACGGUGACUUUUAGCAGUGAUACAAACGCGCAAACG